GCGUGUUCCAAACCCGAGGUUGUUGUGCGGCGCCAUUUACAGGUCGGCAAGUUGCAGAGCUAGAGGUUGGGCAAUAGCCCAGCGAACAUGAUCAUAUAAGAACCUAAAUUUGACUAAACAGAAGCGCUACUGUCUCAAGAUUGCUUACUUCCAUUAAAUUUGGGAUUUGAUUAAUCACUGGCUGAAGGAUGAGUUCUGGCCCGAAACAUAAUGUUGGAGAAACUGAAACAUGGGAGCGACUUUCAGGGGAGGAGAUGGACGAGCGAAGGAAAGAGCAAGUUGCAUACGAAUAUCUUUGCCAUUUAGAGGAAGCAAAACUAUGGUUGGAGGCCUGUUUGAAAGAAGAACUACCCCCGACCACUGAGCUUGAGGAAAGUUUUACCAAUGGCGUCACGCUUGCUAAGCUUGCUCAUUUCUUUGCCCCCAAAGUUGUACCCUUGCGAAAGAUUUAUGACAAAGACCUAAAGCGGUUUGAAGAGAAGGGAUUGCACUUCAAACAUACUGACAAUAUCAACUAUCUUCUAAGAGGAAUGGAAAAAAUUGGAUUGCCAAAGGUAUUCUACCCAGAAACAACAGAUAUCUACGAUAUGAAGAACAUGCCAAGAGCAAUCUACUGUAUACAUGCCCUCAGUUUGUAUCUAUACAAAUUGGGUCUUGCUCCACAAAUUCAGGAUCUCUAUGGCAAAGCAACAUUUACACAGGAAGAAAUCAAUGCAAUGAAGCAAGCUUUGGACAAAUAUGGUAUUGCAAUGCCUGCUUUUGGAAAGAUCGGGGGCUUGCUGGCUGGAGAGCUUUCAGAGAAUGAUGCAGCAACUCAUGCUGCCAUCGUUGCCAUCAAUGAAACAAUCGACAAGAAUGACCCGGACGAGCUUUUCAAGGUUUUGAGCAAUCCUGCUGCUAGGCUGUUGAAUCUUUACGAAUCGAAUAAGGUCGGAUACCAGAAUAAAUUGGCUGAAGAGAAGCAUCGAAAAACUGCUGCUGCGGAGGCUAAGAAUCGUCCUGAAGAAGAGCUAGACCUGUACGACAAGCUGCUCACACAGGCUGAAAUUCAAGGCCAUGUCAAAACCGUAAACACUGAUGUUGCAGUCCAGGCCAUCAAUGCUGCUAUUGAUGCCGGCGAUGAGCAGUUGCUUUUAAGUGCACUUAAAGACGAAUCUGCAGGCCUUCGUGACGUCAUUGGUGCAAAUAUCAGCUGGUACUUUAAAAAUCUGAAAGACGAGAAGGCGGCAAAGGCUAAGAAAGAGGAAAAUCCAAACGCUCUUCUACAAUUACGUGAAAUUCAAAACACGAUUUAUAAUUGCAAUUCCGUUGCCAAUAAAGCUAACUUGAUGGAAGCUUGCUUGGGUGGCAUCAACAAGACGCUUGAAGAGGGAACAGCUGAGGAACUCAUGGCCUGGCUAAUGAAACCAGAGUCUAUGUUGCCGGAAGUUGAUCCAAGAAGGCCAUACUUGUAUUACGAUAACCUGAAACGUGCCCGGUUGGAUAAAGGACAGGAUCUCACAUAUGAAGAUCUGACUCUUCUUUUGAAAGUGCUCACAGCUGUUGCAGCAAUUAAUAAUGCAGUUGAUGUUGCGGACUCUAUUGCGUUGACUGAUGCGCUCAAGGACCAAGAGGCUGCCUUAGAUGGUGUCGACGAAGCGUUGGGCUCUAGAUACCUCUCGCAUUUCAUUGCUGUGAAGAACGAGAAGAGAGAGGAACUCGGCGUACAACAUGAGGAUCUUAACCAAGUUGAAGUCCAAGCCCUCGUUGAGUAUGUGAACACAGAGGUACAGGAGGAAAAUGACCUGUUGGCAUCACUAUCCAAAAUCAACGAAGCUAUAGAGAAUGGAGACCCAGCUGUGAUUCUGGCAUGCUUGCAAUUGCCUACAGCUAAGCUCAAUAAUGUGAGACAAAAGAAUGCAGAGCUAUACUCAAUAAUUCUUCGACAAGCGAAGAAGGAGAAAGCUGAACGCCUAAAUGAAGCUGGAGUCGAACUGUGGCAUGAAGAAAUUCAACAAUGUGUAGACAAGGCCAAUAUGAUUGCUGAAGAUGGAGAACGAUUGUCUCUUGGUGUUCUCACAAUCAACGAAACUAUAGACAAAGGUGAUAGUGCUGAUUUGUUGCUUGCUUUGAAACACAAAAACGUUGCGCUGAGGAGCGUUACGCCGGAGUGCGCUCAGCAGUAUAGAGAUGGGCUUAAGGAGGCGAAAGACCGCAAAGAUGACCCAAGUUGGAACGGCUGGACGGAACAUAGACUUCCUCAACUGUACACAUAUUACCAUAACGUUCUAACCAAAGACUCUUGUUGGAAGACGCCUGCCGACUACAAUCCGGCAAUUGGUCAUCUUAAUAGAGAGGAAAUUCAGGCCAUUGUUAGUCAACUGACGACAGAUCAUGACAGAGAUGUUUACUUGCGAGCAAAUGAGCCGUCGGUGGUGAAGAUUCAGUCCCAGUGGAAAGGACACCAGGCAAGAAAGGCUUACAACGAAAGAAAGCAUUUCCUAAACGAACAACAGCCGGCUGCUGUUAAAAUCCAAGCUGCCUGGAAAGGACAUGCGCAGCGAAGGAAGUAUCUUCAGCGACGUGACGAAUUAGAAGGUGAUAUGAAUGCAAUCUUGAAGAUCCAGAGCAUUGCCAGAAUGUAUCUUGCACGCAAGAAAUACUUAUCUCGCCUGCAGUUCUUUAAAGAUCAUAUCAACGAUAUCGUCAAAAUACAAGCAUUUCUUAGAGCAAAUAUGGCUCACCAUGACUACAAACAACUGGUUGCCCUGAAAGAUCCCCCAGCCAGAACAGUUAGAAAGUUUCUUCACUUGCUGGAAAACGAUCAUAUUGACUUCUCAGAAGAGUUGGAAUUGCAAAACCUGAAGGCCCAGGUUGUAACCGACAUCAGGUCAUUGUCUAAAAUUGAAAAUGACUUAAACACUAUGGAUAUCAAGAUUGGAUUGCUCGUCAAAAACAGAAUUACCCUGCAGGAUGUAGUAAUGCACGGGAAGAAGCUUAAAAGGGAAAAGGGCGACAUCGCCAAAGCAACGCAAGCAACGUCUGGAAUCAAAUCCUUGAGUAAAGAAAAAAGAGAGAUGCUGGAGGGCUACCAGCAUUUGUUUUACUUGCUUCAAACAAACCCCUCAUACCUUGCUAAACUUAUAUUCAAAAUGCCACAAAGCAAGACGACUAAAUUCAUGGAGUCUGUGAUUCUUACACUGUACAAUUAUGCAUCCAAUUCACGUGAAGAUUAUUUGCUGCUUAAAUUGUUUGAGACUGCACUGAGAGAAGAAAUCGCGUCCAAGGUUGAUCAAAUUGUUGAGAUCAUAACAGGAAAUCCAACAGUAAUCAAGAUGGUUGUCCAUUUCAACAGGGGUCAAAAGGGUCAGAGCUCACUUAGGGAUAUUUUACAGCCACUAGUCAAGGAAAUCUUAGAUGACAAAAGUUUGAGUAUUCAUACCAGCCCGGUUGACGUUUACAAGCAAUGGAUCAAUCAAACGGAAACUGAGACUGGCAAACCAAGUGAACUUCCAUAUGACGUUGACAAUGAAACUGCAAUGAAACACCCUGAAGUUGUGGCCAAAGUCGAAGCUUCUAUUAAAUGCUUGCAGGUGGCCGCUGAUAAAUUCUUGAAUUCGAUCAUUAAGAGCACAGAUUUAAUACCCUAUGGAAUGAAAUACGUGGCAAUGACACUGAGGGAGGCUUUAAGUGAGAAGUUUCCGCAAGCAGGAGAAGAUGAUAUUCUCAAGGUUGUCGGUAACUUGAUUUAUUACCGUUACAUGAAUCCAGCAAUAGUAGCUCCAGAUGCUUUUGAUAUUGUUGAUCUGAGUGUCGAUCGUGGGCUGACGUCAGACCAGCGUAGGAAUCUUGGAUCGAUUGCAAAGGUAUUGCAAUAUGCUGCUUCCAACAAGAUGUUUGGUGGAGAGAACGCCCAUCUUAGCUCGCUGAAUCCAUACAUUGCACAAGCUUUCAAUAAAUUUAGGAAUUUCUUCCGGGCAACAUCGCAAGUCGAGGAUGCUGAAGCUCAUUUUGGCAUUGACCAAUACAGCGAUAUAACAAUGUUGGCCAAGCCAGUUGUCUACAUAACAGUGCAAGAAAUUAUAGACACACACCAGCUGCUUCAUGAACACAUGGACAGCCUUGCACCUGAUGAAGAUGAUCCCCUCAGGGACAUCCUUUCGGAUAUUGGUGAAGUGCCAACAGUGGAGGAUAUGAUUGGUGGCGUGAAAGCAGUUGAUGGCGAAGACAACGAGCAGCAACUAGCGAGAAUGGCCAAGACUGAAAUAUCACUGACUUUGACAAACAAAUUUGAGGUGCCUGAUGACGAUGACUCCGAUAUCAAAGCAUUGUUUGUUAGAACCAAGAAGCUUAUUGUCGAGGUCAUGCGAGUGCAGCAUGCCGAAACGUUGGUUCAAAUUCUUGAAACUACUUCGAAUUCAGAACAGGAAGCUGAACAUCAACGUAUUAUGAAGCAGAGAGAAAGCAUAGAUAAAACAAAGCAGGCAUCCAUCAGAAGAUCUGCAUCGGUUCAUGGUGAAAGCAGGCUCCCACUUGAGGACAUCAAAAAGAAGAUUUGGAGAAACCUAAAGCUUCUAGAAGCACAGGGCCUAGUCACAGCGAAAAAUGAUUAUCAAGAUAUCGUCAACGCCAUUGCUAAAGAUAUCAGGAACCAACGCCGAUAUAGACAAAGAAGAAAGCAAGAACUGAAAAAAUUAAAGGAAACAGUUGACAAUUUAAACCGCAAAGAAAAGUUUUAUGAAGAACAGAUCGAUUAUUACAAUCAGUACAUUAAAGUUUGCCUUGACAAUCUGGCCAAAAAAAAAAAUACCAAAGCCAAAGCCAAAAAGGGCAAAAAGGAGGAGAAGAUCGUGAAAGGCUCCAUUAAGUACAGUGGCCAGAAAUUAUAUGAAAAGGGCGUUAUUUUAGAGAUCGAGGGACUACCGCAAACACAAUUCAAAAAUGUACUUUUUGAGAUCACUGCCGGCGAUGAGAUUGGUCUUUUCCAAGUUUCUGCACGAUUUAUGGGUGUUGCCAUGGAGAAAGUGGAACUUGUUUUCCAGGAUCUGCUGCAAUUGCAGUACGAGGGGAUAGCUGUUAUGAAGAUGUUUGGAAAGGCAAAAAUCAACGUGAAUCUGCUUAUCUUUUUGGUAAACAAGAAAUUCUAUGGCAAAUAAUUCGGGUAAUAAAGAAAAACUGCUGACUAUGUUGUCAGUUAUUCAAUCGUUGAAUUAUCUAGACUAACAAACCUUACCAAUCGAUUUUUGUACCACUGCUGUCACAAAGAAAUAAUUUUGUAAAUUGAUGACCGAAUUGUCUGAUUUAUGAUUGACAUUUAUCAUACAUCAAAUCUAAGGCGAUAGUGAUUUAUGCAAUCCAACAUUUUUGUAUUACUUACAGAAGCAUUGUGAAAUGAAUUCAUAGAUUUGGUUCUUAGAUUCUAUAUUUAAGUGAAAAUCAAAUCUCCUUCUCUUCGUUA